AGGUCGGGAGCAGUCUUGAGCUGUAGUAAAGACAGAGAAAGCAAGAUGGAGACUAGAAGUGAGGACAAGAUAAGCCCUCCGCCACUCCUCUUGUGUGUCCUGAAUGCUGUCCAACAGGCUAGACUGCCUUCUUUUGCACUCUGACUGACAGUUGUUCGUAGAUGUUUAUAUGCAUAAAUGUGUGGCCCACUCUGUUUGUGGGUGUUGUCCUCCUGGUCCCUCUGCGACGAUGUCACGCAAUGAAACACCCGGGUGACUUUAGGACCCAGCAAGAGACACCCAGGGGGCGCGGCAAUAUUUUUAAUCUGACCACAGAACCUGUUAGCUUACUCUUGCUUCCUCUAAGACAGUUCACACGUUCCCUCACAAUAGUUCCUUGAUGUGACAGUUGCAAUAGAGAAGUGCUCUGUGCGGCGGCAACAGAAGCACCACAGCCCUGAACCCAAGCCUCGGCGACCUUAAUCCAUGACCCCUGGACGAGGACCUUUGUGUCCUGACAUGCCUGUGAAAGGUGCACUAUCCCAGGCAGUGUAUAGCCAGCCAUGGAGCAGCAGGCAUGGAUACUAAGAAGCUUCCUGGCCCAGCAGGAGAGACAGGAGGCUGCGGACGAGCAGGCACCGAAUGGCAUUGCCGGGGAGUUUGCGAGGUUGAAAAGCCAGUCAACUAAGUACCGCACUGACAGGACCUUUCCCAGCAAGACAGCGGAGAAGCAGGAGAACAUCAAGAAGAACCGAUACAAGGACAUUGUGCCCUUUGACCACACCAGAGUAAAACUCACCUUCACCACAGUUAAAAAUGACACAGAAUACAUCAACGCCAGUUUUAUCAAGGGAGUGUCAGGUUCCAGGGCCUACAUCGCGACUCAGGGACCUCUGCCUCACACAGUGCUGGACUUCUUGAGGAUGCUUUGGGAGUACAAUGUACAGGUGGUAGUGAUGGCCUGUCGAGAGUUUGAGAUGGGAAAGAAAAAGUGUGAGCGCUACUGGCCACAGAAACAAGAGCAGCCGUUUUUUUGUGACCCUUUUACAGUUUACUGUGAUUCUGAGGAAAAUAAAGGAGAUUAUCUGACAAGGACGUUAAGGGUGACUUAUCGCAAUUUUAGCCGAACUUUGCUACAGCUGCACUAUGUCAACUGGCCAGAUCACGGUGUGCCAGACACAAUCCAGCCCAUUCUGGACAUGUUGCAUGAUAUGCGUUCCUAUCAAGACCAUGAUGAUGUCCCCUUUUGCAUCCACUGCAGUGCUGGCUGUGGCCGGACAGGAGUCCUGUGUGUCAUUGAUUACACUUGGAACCUCCUCAAGAAACAGAUGAUCCCUCCAGAUUUCAAUAUCUUUGACUUAGUCUUAAACAUGAGAACCCAGAGGCCUUCGUUGGUUCAAACCAAGGAACAAUAUGAGCUGGUGUACAGAACAAUCAAGUUGCUGUUUCAGAGAUAUCUCCAGUCCAUGGAUGCACAGACCCGCAGAAAUGAGGUGACAAUGGUCCCGUCCGCUAUCAUGCCUGACACUGAAAGCGAGCUCUUUGACCCGGAACAUCACAUUGCACCGAGAGCCAAUGACAUGCAGAGGGACCAGGAGCAAUGGCACAUACUCCGGACCCUUCCUGAGGCUCUGGCCGGCACCCAGGACCUGCGGGAGGGACACAGGGCGUCACCCCAACUGGUGCGUAGCGGCCAAAGAAGCCCUGCAGCAGAGGAGAGGAUACAGGGGAGCGAUGACAUACCGUCACUGAACCCUCCACCAUCACCGGCUGUGGCAGCAGCUAUUUGUAUGAUGGUGGAAGACCCUUACUUUGACACUCCAAUGAGCUCGCCUUCAUCAGAGGAAGCACCAAUGGACUCUACUGAGGCGGGUAAACAAUGGACAGAUAUUCCCACCUUCAACACGCCCUCAUUGUGUCUGAAUGACCAGACUCUGAAGCUCAACUCUCCUGCCUCAGGUACUCUAAAUGCUGUGUUUGUCUUAAAGAGCACAAGUUUUAUUUGGUUGAUAUUUGCAUUAAUGGAUGUGUAUUUUGUAGAUACUGUUGAAGCCCAUACAGAUGAGGAGGCAGCUCCUCCCCUACCUCAGCGAACCCCUGAAUCCUACGUAAUGGCUGUAGAAGCAGGUCCCCCUGAAAUGUUAAUGGUUAUAAUUCCACCCAAUGCUGCUGCUGAGGCUGUCAGACAGCUGGGAGCCGGUCCCCCCUCUCCUGUCCCCCCACUUCCAGAGAGAACUCCAGAAUCAUUUGAGUUGGCCCUCGAGCAAGCUCCUGUGGAACAGAGGGCGGAGGACAAACCAGCGGUGAACCUUCACAGACUAGGAAUGUCUUCAGAAUGGUUCGGUGACUCAAAGCCAGCUGCUGCCGCUGCAUCUCAGAAUGAGACCAAACCUUUUAUGAGGAGUAAGAGUCUGAAAACAAAAAUGACCUUUACAGUGCAUACAACCCAUCAUGAUGUUGCAUCAACUACAACUCCGAACCUCCACCCUUACUGUCCACCUCUGGAGCCGCUGACUCCUCCGCUGCUUCCUCAAACUGAGGAGAGCCUGACUCCUCCACUUCCUGACAGAACCCCAGAGUCCUUCAUUCUUACAACAGAGGAGAUUCACAGGCAAACCGCCCUCUGCCCACAGCCCAUAGCAACAGCACAGCCCUCGCCGAGGGUCGGCUUAUCAUCUGAGUGGGAUGGCACCUCUCAGCCUAAGAAAUUCCUCGACGUUGUCAUGUGUAGGAGCAAGAGCGUUCGAGCUAAAGGUUCCAGACCAGAGUCCUUUACUGCAGUUCGCCAGUUUGCUCCACCUCCUGUGGUCGUGGCUGGAGCAGGAAGUGCACCUGUGGGGGUGCAUGAUGUGAACCGCAGACCCUCCCUGAACACUGAGCCAUCAGGAAACAAAUCAGACAAAAGCAUUGAGAAGGGCAUGUCUCGAACACGGAGUCUGAAGUUUUUUAGACAUAAACAAAAACCUAAAACUGCCCCUCCACCACCUCCUACUCAAACUGGAGCUCCACCUGCAUCAUAUGGGGCCUCUUCUUCAGUGUUCAAAUUUGGAUUUGGGAACCGUUUUGGAAAGCCAAAAGGACCCAGGAGUUACCCAGAGUCUUGGUUUAACAUUUAGAGAGUCACCUUUCUUUAAAAAUAAAAAAUGGACAUAUUCUUCUUAUGAUAAUCAACAUAUUAAAUUGCAUCGCUACAGGAUAUGGACAGUUGGAAGUGGAAGUUUAUUACAGGUCUUACAGGGGACCUGAACAGCACUGAAAGCCGCUUCUCUUUGUCUCACACAGCACAGUAGCACCCUCACUAGAGAACAGGAAGUGCUUUGUUACCAGCUCUAAUGCACUUUUUACAGUACUGUACAGCUGUUGUUGAUCAGUGCCUUAUUGAACAACAUCCACUUGGACCGAUGACUUGAAUGUUAAAUUAAAAACUCUCUUUUUGCUUGAAGCGUUUUGUGACUCUGCAGUGAGUAGUCAUGCGCUUCUUUCUUUAAAGCUCAAAGCAAUGCAGUCUAACUUGGUGUUGAGGAAUAUAUUUAGUUUUGUAUGUGUCUGCGUUUGUGCUUUUGGCAUGAAACAAGAAAACGGGUAAAACAUUGAAUCUCAGUAAAUCACUUUUUCUACUAUAGGAACAACAAACUUAACAUCAUUCAGGGUACUAUGUAUAGUCAUAUACUUUGGUUUUUCUGCCAAAAUUGACACACAUUUGUAGUUUUUAAAUUAUUUUCAAAACGCAUCAUCUUUAAAAAGAUCAUCAACAUUUUAUAAGGAGAUCUUGAGGUACAGUGAAUGUGAUGUAUACUGAAUAUGGACAUGAUGCUACUGUAUAGUUAAACCGUGUUGCAUACACGGUUUACACAGAAUAAUUUAUUAAAAAAACAAAAAAAAGUCUAUGCAUUCUAAU